UGUAAAACUUUUUUUCCCUGCACAUUGAGCGCUAUGAUGAAAAGCAAGGAACCAGUAAACCCUACAACGCCAUGGUGUUUGCAGAGUUCAGCUCUUCAACGGGGAAAAUAUGAUUAGUGUACUAACUUAUACCGUUCAAAUGGGUUAUCGAGUAUAGAGUCGGUCUCUACUCUACCCUAGAGCUUCCAUGUGAACUUACCCAUUGAGACGGGCUGAAAUAAUAAUCACGCCAAUAUCAAUCAGCCUUAAAAUAGAGGCUAUGACAACCACAAACCAGUUUAAACACACCUGUUAUAAACAUGAACAGGACUUGAUGUUUCAUGUUAUCAAUUUUUUAUACCUUACAUAUAAGAUUAGAUAAUAGUUAAUACUUUUAAAAUCUUCGUCGACAUCGACAUUAAAUACUAACCCCACGAUCACAAAAAGGGAAGAAAUUACAUAAACAGUUUAAACUUGAGAUGAAUGGAAGACUUCGAUUGUUUUAUGGUCGGUGAUAAGAGUGAGUGACUGAAGGACACCCGUUUAUAUCGUUUAUAGCAUGAAUGUAAAAGGGGGCGGUGUCGCGUUUGUUUAUGUCGUGCUAAACUUCGGAGUAUUACUUUCAAAAGGUACUCAUAAUACGAGCACUGCUAGUAUUCCGACCACUACUGCACAUCCGACUGCUACUACAGAAUCUACAAAAAAUAAUACAUGUGACCAGAAUCAAACAACCUUACUCCCACAUACAACUUCCGGCAGUAGUAAGAUCACUGAAACUACAGUUCCGACAACAGCAUCACCGGCAACACCCAAAUCUACAUCGUCGGUAGCACCGCAACCUGCAUCAUCUGCAACACCGAAACCAACGUCAACGACAACAUUGAAAACAAUAUCAUCGACAACAUUAACAACAACAUCAUCUGCAACACUAAAAACAACAUCAUCGACAACAUUUAAACCGCCGGUAACGUCAAACACAUCAUUUUCGUUUAAAACGAUACCAUAUCCAACUAUGACAUCAGUUUUAUCAUCCACAUUACCAACGUCAUCUUCAACGUAUUCAUCCAGUAUUUCAUCUAAGUCCCCAUUGUCAUCAAGCACUACAACGGUUCAUCCUUGGUACACCCCAAGCACAUCGACAAUAAACAACGUAACUGAUUCGUCUGCCAACACAUCUACAACACAUGUUCCAAAGAAUGAGGACAAUUUGGGUUCACACAUCUCAGCUGGAACGGCUCUCGGAAUUUUCCUCAUAGCGUUUGUUUUUGUCGGCGUCGGAAGCUUUAUAUUCUAUAAAAUGAAGAAGAAAGGAAAUCUGCCUUGCCAAAGUUGUAAAGUCUGUCUGCCUAGACGAAGAAGACGAUCAUCUACUUCAAGUCGCGGUCCCCUCACACAAGACGAUGCAACUUUUGUCAAUAUCACGGAUCCUCCGAGAUCAGAACGAGAACUCUUCUCAAUCGGAGAACAAGACGGUGGCCAAGAUGGCCGACCAAGUUCUAUGCAACGGCGGGGAACUGAAGAUGAUUAUUUUUACGACGAGAUUUUCGGCACGUCGGCAUUUGUUGACGAAACAACGAAUCGAGCUAACACACAUUUAACAGUUGAUGAUGACGAUGAUGACUUAGGAGGAUUGAACAUUCCUGAUUUGGUGUUUAAAAAAUCAAAAAGAAUAUGACUUUCAUGAUUUAAGUUUACUUUUGUGAUUUUCGAAUAAUACUCGGAUUUGUCGACUGGAAUAUUUUUACAAAACAGAUUUAGAGGAUAUGUACCUUUUAUCAUGAAUCUAGUUUCAUUUUUAUUCAUGCGCUAAAUAUGAUGUGGAACGAAUAUGAUGUGGAACGAACCUUUCAAUAAGCAUUUUGCUUCCGGUUCAAUCUCCAUUCGUCAAUUUAUUGUAUCAUCUGUUGUGAACUAUAUGUAUCUGGAAAUUAUUGUAGAAUAAAUAUGUUAAAACUUAAAAUAUGAUCAUUUGCACGGAAAGCCACAGUUACGCUAAAACUUCACAUAUGUUGUUUGAUUUUACCGACCAGCUACUAACGACAUAAUUUACGUUAUAAAUUUGAACAUUUUCACUCCCGGUUUCUUGAAACUAUUCUGGUAUCCUUAAUUUAGUCAAUAUUUAAAUCUAACCGUAGACCCAAAACUUUAGUUACAACUUCACUAUUUAUUUGCUAUAAAAUUUAUUUUAUGAACGUGAUCGUUAUCCAAGGUUACUGAGAACCAGUGAAAACACAUUAUGUUUGACAGCAGUCAGAAAAAUUAAGCAACAUUUAAAAUAUGUUCAUGCCUUAACAUUUCAUCAUAUAUAUAUUUUAUUAUUUUGAUAACUUUAUUGCAGCAAGGGAUGAACAUAUUCUUAUUCAAGAGUUGUUUCUGAAAAUUUGAUGUUUGAAGGUUAAGUUACUUGACAAUUCGUGGACAACUUCUGCUCUGUUGAUCAUAUUUUGAUAGUUCUGAGUCCAAAGCUACCUCUUUCAUUGAUCGCGGCCAUUUUGAAUAGGACAAGUAUAUACGCGCUGGGGAAAAUAUUUCAUGAUGGACCUGUGAAUUCUUUACUUAUGGGUGAAACAGGUCUCAUAAGCGUAAAUACGACUAGCUUCUACUGAUUAUAAAACAUACCGUACGAUUUGUUGUGAAUUAACUGUUGUUGUACUUUUAGUAGUUCAACCGCCACCCUGUUUAAGAGCAACAUUUAAAAAACACGUUUUUUUCCAUCCUCAAGUAAUAAGUAAGUAGACUCGCCCAGUUUAAUCAAUCUAGACGCACAAUCUAAUUUUAUAUAUAAUUUUACUUCACCCGAUUUACAUUCGGAACAUUUUCACGCGUUUCGGGCUUUAUCGUAUGUUUAACAUGGGAUUUUUGAACCGUCCAAAGAUGUUGGAAAUGUUUGUCUCAUUGUUUAUUUUUUUUUUAAUAAAACUGUUACUGCUUUCAUUGUCUACC